UUCCCUUAGAGAGGAAAAGAAAAAAAAAGUUCACACUCAUACACAGAUGCCACCACAAGUAGCGACUCACAUCGUCCUAGACGUGAACGAGGGAGCUUACUGGGAAUAACCUGGCAGCAGGCUGUAGUGGAGCAAAAUGGAUAUUUAAUGAUUCUCCUUCCUAUUCUUUUAUUCAAUUGGGUUUUUUUUCCUCUCCGUGUUGUUUUUAAUGCGCAUAGUCUAGUUCAACUAUUUAAAAAAAAGAAAGAAUUCAGAACAUUUUUGUCUCAGCUGUCUAAAAUCGCCUGAGCGGGACUUUGGCCUGAGUAUAUUUUGGUUUUCAUUAAGACGCACGGCCGCGCGCACCUGCGCGCCACCUGUGGAAGUGGCACACACGCACCGGGCGGUGCAAGACAGACAGGGACCUUCCUUACGAUACUAUUCUAGAAGUUUCGCUCUUCGGCAACCAUCCGAUAAGAGGACUGCAAUGUCUGGAUGGAGUAUGGCCUGACUUUUUACUGCAACAAACGUGUGUCUGGCUGCUUUUUACGCGCGGUGGAGGAGCGCGCACCCCGGCGACGGAGCCCCGGAAACUGAGAGAGAAAUAAAGUCUCACAACGUCGAUUCUUCUCUGCACUCGCUGUGGCAAGUGGGGAUGUGGUCGGAAGUGUGAAGAGCAGCUGUCAAACCCACGGGACCCUCCUGCCCCCCGAGCCACCACCGGGAGCUCCGCUGAGGUCUCCACUGCGCAUGUCAGAGCGCUGGACAGCUCCAGAGAGGGAAAUUUAAAAACGGUUUUUGGAGAAUCAAGUGCAACACAGUGAAAUACAGUACUGGGGCUCGCGACUGGCUCUCACAACCUUCAGUAUCAUCUAAAACAGAGGCACCACACAUCCCAGGAAAUGAUAGAAGGUGGAAUUACAUCCAGGAUGUCAGGAAUAAUUGAGAAUGCUGGGCAUCAUCCGUCUCCACAGGACUACAGGCUUCUGACCACGGACCCCUCCCAGCUGAGGGAGGAGGACCUCCCUGGGGACCUGCAGUCUCUGUCAUGGCUCACCUCCGUGGAUGUGCCCCGACUACAGCAGAUGGUUGAUAGCCGGGCCCACGGCAACGGGCCGUCUCAGGGCAGCUUGCUGGAGCAACACACAGCUCAGUUAGGCAGCUUGACGAUGACAGCGGGACAGGGCUCCAUGCUCCAACUCCAGAGCAACAUGCAGCACAGCCCUCUAGGAAUCAGCAUCAUCAACACCCACAGUGGAAGUAUGUCUCCAUACUCCAUGAACGGGCUGCCUUCUCCUGGGUACCAGUGCCCUACCUCAGUCUACCAGCCUGCACCCCAGCAGGUGUAUUCACUAACCCAAACUGGACAACAGUGUUCAACAACUGGGCUUUAUAGCAAUGUCUCUUUCACCGACCAAAGUCUAUUCACACAACCUCGCCUGGCUCCACAAGACCAGGAGCUGCAGCCCAAGUCUUUCCCCAAGCCAAUCUACUCCUACAGCUGUUUGAUUGCAAUGGCUCUGAAAAACAGCAAAACUGGCAGCCUCCCGGUCAGCGAGAUCUAUAGCUUUAUGAAGGAACACUUUCCCUAUUUUAAGACUGCGCCUGAUGGAUGGAAGAACUCAGUCAGACACAACCUGUCCCUAAACAAAUGCUUUGAGAAAGUGGAGAACAAGACGAGCAGCUCAUCCCGCAAGGGCUGUCUAUGGGCACUGAACCCGGCCAAAAUUGACAAGAUGGAGGAAGAGAUGCAGAAGUGGAAACGCAAGGACCUGCCGGCCAUCCGCCGCAGCAUGGCUAACCCUGAUGAGUUGGACAAGCUAAUCACAGACCGCCCAGAGAACUGCAGACGUAAGGUUUUAGAGGCCGGCAUGACCCGGCUGCCCGGCUGUCCAACGGGCCUCCCGCUGCCCGUCUCCGCCCAGAUGCAGCCUCAGCCCAUAGUCACGCUGUCCCUCCCGUGUUUACCCAUGCACCAGCACCAGCAACAGCACCAGCACCAGCACCAGCACCACCACCAGUUCCAGGCCCAGCUCCAGGCUCAGGCUCGACUGGCCCCCAUGUCCCCUGCCCCGGCCCAGACACCUCCCCUCCUCACGGUCCCUGACCUUUGCCACAGUCCACUCACUCAGCAGGCCAGCAAGCCCCCUGAGGAUUUCUACAGUGUGCAUGGUGAUACGCAUACAGAGGUGGAUGCACUGGACCCCAGCAUCAUGGACUUUGCCUUUCAAGGUAAUCUGUGGGAAGAAAUGAAGGACGACAGCUUUAACUUGGAUGCUUUGGGCACCUUCAGUAACUCACCCCUCCGACUAUCAGACUGUGACUUGGGUACAGUGAACCUUCCUCCCGCCUCCGCUGGAAUGAACCUGCCACUGUCAGAUGUGCAGGUGACGGGCCUCUACACCUCCUACGCCACCCAGGAUCCCCUGUCUACCCAGUACAUGGGCACACCAGCUAACAGCAAGCCCAUUGCCCUGCUUUAGAGCAGCCAAACUGUCACCAACAGAAUCAACGUGAUUUGUCUCAUCUGUGGAUAUCUAUGGACGCCAACAGAAGAAGACUCAAGUCUGGUUUCUUCUGUGCCACUAAACGUACAAAUCACACCGCUUCACCCGGGAACUAUCUGGAGGAGGACGUCUGAGAAUCAUUUCACAUAAAGUCCACAAGGAAAUUGCUCAUUAAGAACUAAAACUGCUGACAAAUUAAGAUGUGGAUGUGAGAAAGACGUGUGUAAGACUCUAAAGAUCUAGCUUUGCCAAGCAAACACUCCAAGCCUGUACAAGUGCGAGGACUCUACGUGGAGAAGUGUGUGUGAGUUAGCAUCCACCAGUUUUUCUACUGUUCACUCUGCGUUUUUUAAGUCCUUCCAUACUGUAGCUCCCCAUCUCGUCUGUUGUAUUGUGCUAGACAUUAUUACUGUGAUGUUUUAUUUAUAUUUAUAAAAGGCAGCUGGAGAAGGUACUGACUCUGUCAAUCUUUUGCUGUAUAUAUUUGAAUGUUUCAAAUUGCUAUUGCCACAGAAAAGCUUUCUUUUGACUGUAUUGACCCACUUUGUUCCCAAAUGCAAACAUGUGCCACACUUUGAAUAAUCCAGAUUUUACACGUUAUUCUUCCACACAUUGUGAUUAACAUGUCUCAAAGUUAGGUGUAUAUUAUGUUCAUUAACUUGACCAUAAUAAAAAUCACAUGGGUAAAUAAAA